ACCGAGCGAGCGACCCGGCUACACUCACCGAGCAAACACACAGUGAAAACAAAGACACGGAGUAAAAGAAUGAGUUCUAAACUGUAUGUCUAAAACAUCACGUCCUUUUUAUAUUUAAUCUCUGUAUUAAAUAUCAGCACGAGAUGCGCGACGUCCUCCAGCGCGCGACCAUCUUCCCUUCUUCACCUGAGGGAGAAGAGAUGGAGGCUCGAGCGCAAUAUCUGUGAUUCAUCCUCAUGCCGCAGCAAUGAGUAACUCUCUCCUCAACGCCUCCUCCUUAAUCCCAGAUGCGCAGGAGAUCAGAAACACGACCUCAGUGUUGCAGCUUCUGCCCCUUAACCCAUGGGAUGUGGUACUAUGCAUCACCGGCACACUAGUGUGCUGUGAGAAUGCACUGGUACUCGCUCUGAUUGUUCACACUCCUUCAUUACGGGCACCUACGUUUGCACUAGUGGCUAGCCUGGCGUCUGCAGAUCUGCUGGCCGGCCUGGGCCUGAUUCUCAACUUCAUCAUCACAUACAUGAUCAAAACGGACUUGGUGAUGUUGCUGUCAGCCGGUCUGCUUAUCACUGCCUUCUCAGCCUCUGUGCUCAAUGUGCUAGCAAUCACAGUCGACCGUUACCUUUCACUCUACAGCGCCCUCACAUAUCAUACGGAGCGUGCCGUUACAUUCACUUAUGUGGUGCUGCUGCUUGUCUGGUCCACAAGUGCAAUACUCGGCGUUCUUCCUGUGCUCGGCUGGAACUGUUUGCGUGACGAGGCGGAGUGCAGCAUCUGCCGACCAGUGCACAAAAGCAAUGCAGCUGCGCUUGCCAUCACCUUCCUUCUUGUCUUUGGGCUCAUCUUACAGCUGUACCUCCAGAUCUGCAAGAUUGCCGUGCGACACGCGCAGCAGAUCGCUGUGCAACGUCACUUUAAAGCUGCCUCGCAUGCCUCCUCUGCUGCCAAAGGUGUUUCUACUUUGUCAGCCAUAUUGGGAACAUUUGCGCUUUGCUGGGUGCCACUAGCCAUGUACUCACUGGUGGCAGAUACAUAUUACCCAGCAAUUUACACCUACGUUACCGCGCUUCCAGCCAUCUGCAGCUCCAUGAUAAACCCCAUCAUAUAUGCCUUUAGAAACCCUGACAUUCAGAGGUCACUGAGGGUCGUUUGUUGCGAAUGUUUGCCCUACGGUGUUACACUGCGACCAAGGAUACCAAGUGAUGUGUAACAAGCCUUUAAAUGCUAAAGCUAAGGAUGUAACUUCAAAAUUUCUUUACUGUAAGCUACACAAGUGUGGAAGUUGUGAGUUGUCUGUGUUAUCUGGGUGUAUUUUUAAUUAUGUAACUGUAAGUUGGUACACAUAAGUGUUUAAUGUCUUUUUUUAAAGCCUUUUAACUGCUUCGGGUUAAUAUUAAGAAGCUGUGCUGUCACCUAUGUAAAUAGCACUUGUAUAAUUACACAGGCACAAAACACAAAUGUAGCGGUAAUUCUUUUUUUGUUGC